AUGUCUGACGAGGAACGCGAGACCAAGCCCUUCAAGUUCGUGACAGGCUUCGAUGCCCGCUUUCCGAACAUGAACCAGACCAAGCACUGCUGGCAGAACUAUGUCGACUACCACAAAUGCAUUUUAGCUAAGGGCGAGGACUUCGCGCCCUGCCGCCAGUUUCUUCUAGCCUACCGAUCUCUGUGCCCCAGCGCCUGGUGCGAGAGGUGGGACGACCAGCGCGAAAACGGCACCUUCCCUGUCCGCUUGGAUCAAUAG